AGACGGUGGAACAACAUUAUGCAAUUACUAAAUGAUAAUCAAAACAAUAAAUAAAAGAAAAUAAGAGAUGAUUUUAUUAUCUACACCAACAUUAAUAUACGGCAUCUUUAUUAUAACAAAAUGUAUAAAUAGUUAUAUUCUACUGACAGCAAAUUUAGGUGACUUUAGAGUUAUGGCGAAGAAAAUAAUCCAAGGUAAUGUAGCAGAAAUACUAAGCAAGGUAAUAUCGAUUACAAACGAACAGAGUAUAAAAGAUGUAUCCAGUGACAAAAGCGAUUAUCUCGAUGAUUACAAAUCAAUUAAUUUAAGAAGAUCAUUUAAAACUGGCAACUCUGAAACUGAAGAAAGCGAAGAAGAAAUCAUAGAAGAAGCUAAUAGAUAUGUCAUAGAACAACUAGGAAAACAUAUAAAAGAAAGAGUUAUUGAUGAUUUAGUGACGAAAUUUUUAAGAAACAAAUUUAACAUUGACCGUACAUCUAAUACACAAAAAGGUAACAUUCGUAACACAGAAAAGAAACUACAAUAUCACAAAAAAUCAAACAUUAAAUAUAACAGAUAUGAUAAUAUCAAAAAAUCAACGGAAACAUCAAUGGAAAGUGAACAAUUGCAAAAUAAGCGUUGGAAAGGUAAAAAUUACGCUAAAAAUUUCAAUAAUGAAGUAAAAGAAAUACUUCUGAAAAGAAAACAACCAGAAAAUAAGCCAACACUUAAUCCAAAUGAAUUAAAAAGACCUCGCUAUACAAUAAAAAACAGUGUUAGAAAUAGACAAGUAAAAGGUAACGAGAUAUUCGUAAUUUUACAACCUAAACUCGAUUCUACUGAGAAAAAUACUCAAGAUAUUAAACAUGAGAGAAAAGAAAAAAACAAAAUAACUGAACGUGAUAAAACCAAAACAACAACUACAAGAAAAUUUAGAUUUAUUAAAAAAACAAGAAAAGAACACGUAACACCACAGUUAAGUAAUAAAGCAAAAGAAACUCAUAAGAAAACAAACACAUCAGAUGUUAUUUAUGAAAAAAUUAAACUAAAUACGAAUUACGAUAACAAUGAUUCCGAAAAAGAUGAAAAGAUAAAAGAGGCAAAAGAUAAAAGAAUCAAAAGUAACUUUGAGGGUACAAAAGAUAAAGUAAAAUUUAGCAAAGAAUCCGACGUAGUUAAAGCUAUUACAAGUUAUUUAUGGGUUGAUGGUGAAGACGAUGAUAUACAAGAGAAAGAACCAAAUGAAGGUAACAGUAAAGAAUUAUCCUCACGUAUAAUAAAAUCUAAAAAGAAACGUAAACAAACUACACCAUAUAAUUACGAAGUAUCACCAACUUUGGUAGAAAAAUAUGAUUUUGCCGAACCAAUACCAGAAAAAGACAGAAUAAGGGAAGUUAUAAAAACUAUAAGAAAACCACCAUCUCGAAUAAAUAAGAAACAGAAAGAGUAA